UGUCCCGUUCCAGCACUCUCGUAUUCCUGACUGAACCUGUGUGUACUGACCUUCGUCCGUUCUCCGACCAACCCUGUAAGCCUGACUCCUUGACACUUCUGCCUGCGUUGAUUGGUUCCCCGUGUACCGACUACUGCCUUCCCGCUCACCUGCUCUCUUCGCCCGACGCCCCAACAACCGCUGCUGCACCGGACUGCCUGCUCGAUCCCCGACCUCGGCAUACAAUAAACGUGUCUCUUCUUGAACUACCUUGCGUCUUCCGAGUUCCUGCAUUUGGGUCCUACCUCUCGUUCCGAUGGGACGUGACAGAACGAACUGGCGGAGGACCAGUCGUCACCGGGUCCUUUAUAUACGGGGGAUGAUCAGGCCGCAUGAGGCACAGGUGUGUGCCUCCCAAUCAGCACAGCCGCACAGCUCGUGCUGAAGCGGCAGGAUCAUGACAGAAUCCAUCAACCGGAACAGAUAUGUUUGCACGAAGACCAGCUUGUUUUCCCGCCAAGAAUCAUAUUCUAUUCUUCUUGCUGUCUUGUUCUUCAUCCUCCACCCACUGACGUCAGUGGAACAUUUCAAUCUCUUAUGAUAUUGAGGUUAAUCUGAUUAUGAAGAUUACCUCUAAGAGAAUUCCUCAUCAAUGACAGGCAAGAUGGAUACUCCUUUCUACCAUGAUGACUCCCCCAUGAUCCACAGCUUCAGCCAGUUUCCGGAAUACGAGCGUUACGCUGGAAACAAGAUGUUAAUGUGUAAAAAGACAAUGUCAGCAGGAAGCCAUCAUUUCCCUGGCAAUGGUAGUAGUGUAACCGGAGGAAGAGGUACGAACCCCAACAACCUUGGACUUGCCAACAACAGCUCCCUAAUGACAUCAUCGGCGUCCUCGGCUGACAUGAACCUACUCAAGCUAGCCUCUCCUGAGCUGGAGCAUCUGAUUAUACAAUCCAACCAGGGAUUGGUCACCACCAGCCCGAUGUCUAACUCCACCAACCCAUUCAUGUACCGAAACCAGGCCACCAAUGAGCAAGAAGGCUUUGCUGAUGGGUUCGUCAAAGCGCUCGCGGACCUUCACAAGCAGAACCAGCUGGUGGGAGGUCACAUGUCACCAUCGUCCUCCUCCAACGUCUCCUUACAGGCAUCUUACCAAAGGAAUUUGAUGUCCACUAGUGACAUGCCCAUCUACACCAACCUGAGCAGCUACAACCAGGGACAGAUGGCAUAUUCUGGAGCGCAAAUGACGUACAGUGGUAGCUCAGGCCAUAAUGGAGGUGGAGCCCCUCAACACCACACCAGAGGUCUGGAUGCCCCUCAAACUGUCCCUGAGGUUCCCCAUUUACAUGGAGACCCUACUUCACCACCUUCCCUCUCCCCCAUAGACCUAGAGACACAAGAGAGAAUCAAAGCUGAGCGCAAAAAGCUGCGCAACCGGAUCGCGGCAUCCAAAUGUCGGAAGCGUAAACUGGAGCGCAUCUCGCGACUUGAGGAAAAAGUGAAGAUCCUGAAGAGUCAGAACUCAGACUUGGCCUCCACUGCUUCUAUGCUGCGGGAGCAGGUCUCUCAGCUCAAACAGAAAGUCAUGAGUCAUGUUACCAACGGUUGCCAGAUUGCUGUGAGCUCUCCCAACAAAUCUGGGGGAAGAGGCGGCAGUGCGGGCAGCGAGGACUCCAGCUGCUGAGGGGGGGAGAUAUCUGAAGAACAAGCGAAGAAGAUAAAACCUAAUUAAUGGUUUAUCACAUUUGGGAAUUUCACUUGUGCUCGAUGUCGUUAAAAGAGCUUGGUGCAAUGGCGCGGAAUCAGUUAACGUCCCGUGAAACAAAAGGAUUUAAUGACACUUAGUCAGAGACACUUAUGAGGAUGAUGAGGGCCAAAUACCAGACAAAAGGUUUAUUGUCCAUGAAGAAAGUUAAAUGGGAUGGUUUGCAUUUCUAUGGUGAUUGAUAUUAUUUAUAAAGACACUUCAGCGGGAUUUGACACAACUUUGAAACACUUUAAAUAGCUGAACUAUUAUUUAUUUUCUAACUAUUUUUCAUUGCGUGAUACUUCAAGUUGAGCUUAUUUUGUAUUAUUUCAAAAUGGGCUUUGACAUCAUUGGACCUAUUUUUGAAUAAUUCAAUCGACCAGAGUUGAGGACGUGUGUGAAUACUUAAUUAAAAUCAGUGGUGUAAUUAUUGACCAACUUGUAGAAUGCUUUUGGUUCGACUGUGACUGUAUUUUUGAAUUCAUAAGUUUAAAAAUGUGCUGAAAAAUACUCACGUCUACUAACAUGUUGAUGGAAUUUACUAUUCUGUUAUGUUACUGUGUUUGAUUUGUGUUAUUUGAUUUCAUAACGUGUACAGAUCAACUCUGGUUGAAAGGUCCAAUUUUGAAAUGUACGGUAAAUUCUGGGAUUAUUCAUGUGUUGCUGCUGGAAAUUUAAAGUCUAUUGCCACUUUAUGUAAAAAAAAAAUAAAAUAAAGCCUAAUGAUAGUCGUUACUUGUCGCCACUUUUGUCUUUGGGCCGAUGGAAACUUUCCCUGCUCAAUCGAAACGUAGAUUGUUUUUU